GUAAUCUGUUUAUCUUGCUAAAAUGCAUUAUGGGAUACAACUUUUAUUAUUAUUUUUUUUUAAUGAGUGCAUGAACGACGGGGGGAGACCUCAUCCCCUCAGCUACAGCAGAUCAGCCUGGCAGCGUAUGAGACGUGCCUCUCCAGACGCACGGUGUUGGCGAGCCCAUUAUACACAGGCGGCGAUGUGGAGGUCAGUCGCUCAUCAGCGCAGCGUGCCGAGCAGUUUCAUUCUUGAGUUUUGCUCCCAGUGUCCUCUAUCCUCCAGAAACGAAACGAGGGAUUUCGCAUUGCACUCCGUCGGCGCAUCCCGCAAGUCACGUCUCGCUGUGAGGUUCCGUUUUUCGGGCGGCAGGUGUCCCGGUGCGUCGUCGCGUCCGAACACCGGACAAGUGAUGCCUUUGAGCCGCACUGUUGCUCUCCAGUCGCUCCUCUUCUCUGCAGUAAACCGGGCUGGAAAUGGUCCGAUGCUCCACAAGCCGGCGGCGUUCAGAGGUUAGACUCUCAGUCAACAGAGGGUCACAGCCACAGACACAUCACUCACCAUCCUCGUCCUCCUCCUGGCUUGGAAGAGUCAUCCGUCUGCCUGCAUUCAUCUGAACAGCAGUGAAGACUGACAGGAAACUUACGCUGUAGUGGUGCUGCCUGUGUGUGUGUGUCAGCGCUUCAGUGCCUUUAGUGUUCCCCCAAGCCCUCUUUUGUGUGUGUGUGUGUGUGUAAUGAUAUGUGAUUGUGUCAAGGUGGAGAGAUAAGAGGAAGACGGGACCUCUUCAAGUCAGCAAAACUGAGGCAGCUGCUGUGUAUGUGUGUGUCAGGGUUGAGCAGUCCAGCACGUGAAAGUGUGUAUGUGUGUUUGUGUGUGUGUGUGAGGGGCUAAUAUUGGCCAGGCUAUGAGUGCGUCUCAGAGGGAGAGCCGUUCAAUGCUGAGUUGAGCUAAGGGAGCAGAAGAGGAGAAUCUGAAAGAGAGGAGCAGCCAUGGGGCUCGGACAGUCCAGCAAGGCUCCGGUCACCGAUGACACAGAUGAGGUCAAUUUUGACCACUUCCAGAUCCUGAGGGCAAUAGGAAAAGGAAGCUUUGGAAAAGUCUGCAUUGUGCAGAAGAAGGACACUAAGAAGAUGUAUGCCAUGAAGUACAUGAACAAGCUAAAAUGCGUGGAGCGGAACGAAGUAAGGAAUGUCUUGAAAGAGCUGCAGAUCAUGCAGAACCUUGAGCAUCCUUUCCUGGUCAACUUCUGGUACUCCUUCCAGGAUGAGGAGGACAUGUUUAUGGUGGUGGACUUGCUCCUGGGAGGAGACCUGCGCUAUCACCUCCAGCAGAACGUCCACUUCUCGGAGAGUACUGUCAAACUCUACGUCUGUGAAUUGGCCUUGGCUCUGGGAUACCUCUGCACCAAGCGCAUCAUACACAGAGACAUCAAACCUGACAACAUACUACUGGAUGAACAUGGACACGUUCAUCUAACGGACUUCAACAUCGCAGCCAUUGUAAAGGAAGACCUAAAAGCAACGUCCAUCGCUGGGACCAAGCCAUACAUGGCUCCUGAGCUUUUUCAGAUCUUCGAGGGGUCCCACCCUGGCUACUCCUUCUCUGUUGACUGGUGGUCGCUGGGUAUCACAGCCUACGAGCUACUAAGAGGACAGAGACCAUAUGUGAUGAGAUCCAGUACUCCGGCUAAUGAGAUCCUUCAGACAUUUCACAAGGUCCAUCCAAGCUACCCAGCAGCCUGGUCUUUGGAAAUGAAGUCUCUUCUCAGAAAGUUGCUGUGCAUAGAUGUCCAGAAGCGCAUUUCCUGUCUAGCAGAGCUACAGGAUCUGGACUACAUGUCAGACGUCAACUGGGAUGCUGUGCUCAGCAAACAGCUUCCUCCAGGCUUUAUUCCCAAUAGGCGGAGACUAAACUGUGAUCCUACAUUUGAGCUGGAGGAAAUGAUCCUGGAGUCCAAACCGCUUCAUAAGAAGAAGAAAAGGCUCGCUAGAAAGACCAAGGACCAGGGAUCUGAUGGGUCUCCACAGAAUGGUCAGUUGCAGCAGCGUUUGGAUAACGUCCAAAGAGACUUCAUUGUCUUCAACAGAGAAAAGUCAAAGAAAGCAGAGGUGGAUUCAGAGUCCUCUGAGCUGUCCAUGAGUGAGAAGAAUAAAGCAAUAGAGGAUGGACAGAAUAACAAUGUUGAGCCAGCCUCCUACUUAUCAGGAUAGAUCUUAUGACUCCCCACUUCCUCCCUUAUCACUUGCACCCGCCCACAGCUUGUAGAUCAGCAACUUACACCCAGACACCUAUCGUUCUGUCAGCACAAGCACUCAUAUCCUCGAUGUUCCUGCACCACUACAUUGCCUAUAAAAACACAGACUCAGCACUGUAUGCACAUGUGCAUCACUGUUCAAUCACAAAGACCACAUUAUCAAGAGACUGAGUGAAAUGAACUUCUCAAGCAGCAACCAAUGCCAGAGCAGGCUUUUCGCUUUCCUGUCACCCAGAAGAAUGACUCUGAGUGUAACUCAUAUCAUGCUCCCUAACAUCACUCAGGUGCUCUCAUAUCUGCUCAACCUCUCCUCUGGGCAGUGUGCUGAAGUGAAAAGGGAGUCACUCCCCUGACAAUGCCACACCUGCUCGGCUGUUACAGGAAAUGAAGCCUGAUGUGGUGAAAUACUGCUGCUGCUGCUGUCUUGGCCGGGACUCUCCGAUUUGUAAUCUCUGUGAGCCAUUAACUGGUUACAUACAAUUAUUUAAAAACAGCAAUGCUUGGUAUAGAGAGUUGGGUUGGCAGCUUAUAUUGAAAACCAAACACUUAGGUGGAUGGCUUUGCCCAAUGUGAUGCUUACAACUGGAUGGAUUGACUUGAGAUUUGAGCAUGACAAUAAGAGUAUAAAACAUUCACAUGAAGAGGUUAAUAAGGGAAAAUGAGGCCUUUGUUUUUAAGACAGCAACCACAGAUUCCUCUACUAAGAUAGAAUAUUAAUAGCUGAACCAUAAGCUUGAGUGUGAAUGGCUCACUUUAUCAUAGCAGCAGAUACAUGGUUGUAGAGGUCAUUAUGCUUAGCUUUACUAGUCAAGCUGACAAAGAUGGUAGGAUUACAUCAUUUGGUUCAACGUCCCAGCUCCAUCAGCUGCAGAAACAGGCAAAACAUGCUGAAAGUUUUCUUCUACUGUGUAUGCUUUAAGUUACUGUUGUGGCAAUACAGUAGUUUGAAAUAUAAUAAGAAAAAAUAGCUUAAAAUUCUUAAAAUUCUCAAAACUCUUGAUCUCAGAAAAGACAGUUUAUAUGGACUUGCUCAGUUAGUUAACUGACCAACUCCAUCUGCUGAUGAAGGCCAUGAGAUGUGGCUCAAAGCUUCAGAAGUUAUUGGACCUUGAAAGUAACCUUUGCCUCAAUCUAUACAUGACCAGUUGGGACUUAAAAUAAAGGUUUAUAGCUAUGAGAAAGUCAGAUGGUAGAUGUUAUAUGUUCUGCACUGAACCUUGCUUUGCACAUGCUUCUUCAUCAACUGUAGCAUUUAUUCACAGAGAGACAAAAAAAAUUCUAAAGCUGUGAGUGAAUACUUUACUCCCAUAGGAGGGAUGGUUUUAUAGACAAGGAUUAAGCUAAGUCCUAGAUAAGAUUCAUUUUCAGUAUCUGUCUGCAUUGAAAUUUGUUUUUUGUCAAAUUAUUGUCCUUCCUCUUUUGUGUUGGAUACAACCAAUUACAUAUGUAACACCAGAUAAGUCUGUAAAUUUGUAUUUUCAAUUAAUUGCUCCAAAACAAGAAGGAACACAUUUGCAAUCUGCCUCUGCAACAACAUUCUUGUGCAGAUUGUAUUAAACAGUACUCUAAAAUUCAGCACCAGCUGGAUAACAGUGGAAAAAAACCUUCCUUAUAUUGAUUUUCACUUUCCUUCUGGUACAAAUUUGUUAUCAAGAAAACAAUAAAGAAAACCAGACAAACCCUCAUUCAUACUGUAAGACUUGACAAAAAACAUGUUUCAGAAACUAUACCUGCCUCUGAAGUUUGCAGAGGGAUGCCUUAUACCAUAGAGAUGGCACACAGAUCGUUCCCUAUUAUAUAUGUGGGUAGUAAAAACCUGAGCUUUUUCACCAUCAGUAAGUAAAUGUGAUUUCUACCUAGUCAUUCUAUUGACCUUGAUCUUAUCUUCCUGCAAUACAACUCAAUCCUUUCAAGUCUAUGAUACUUGUAAGUAUAUUUAAAACAUAUUUCACUCUAUUAAAUUCAUUACUGUUGGCACUUUUCUAUUGAAAAUUGGUACAAUGUUUUGACUUAUCUUUGUGUUGUUGUUGUUAUUGAUGUAAUUUUACAGAUCCAAAGGUGGUUUCCUGUAUAAGUUGUAAGAUAAUGUGGGAUAGUUAAACAGAUGGACUGAUCCUGGGUAUACCUGGAGUAUAUAAUAUUUGUGAAUGAUUAUCUUUAUGUCUUAAAAUAUAAUAGGAAUACCAGAUGGGUGAGGUUUACUGUAUCAGGUUGGUAUUCAUCUGAUGUGGUAGUCUCAACUCCUCCAAAAAGUGAAGGUAUAAAAUAAUCAUUGACAAAUAGUAUUUGAAAAGUAAUAUAGUUUUCAGCAAACGUCUGUCUAAAAAAAUAUAUAUUUAGUCUGGGAACAGACUUGUUCCACACCUGUGAAUUUUCAUCCCUAUUAAGGUUUUGUUGUCCUUCAGUUGUCACUGUGUGUUUAUUGUAUUCAACUGUGGAGUUGCAAACUAUAAAGGUGUGCCUUAAAUAAUGACUUUCUUUUUCUGAACCAA